UCUUCGCGGACAUGUAUUUCCAUUGUUGGAGCGGUUAAUCGACUCUCUUGUCAAUAUAAUAGACAGUCUUUGUAUCAGUGCCGAUCAUAACAACAACCUUCCAGCGAGCAGCUUUGAGUUUGUCUUCCAUUUGAGAGUCAACAUUUAUUAGCGCCGUGUUAACGACUGAAGUAAUAACAGGACAUAACACAGAUCGUCAUUAUGCCUUCUGCUUGUGACUCCCUGAUUGAUGACAUUGAGGACAUGGUGUCAGCUGACGACCCGACUCCACAGGAGAGGCAGUAUGCCAGGAAGAGCAUCAUCCCCAGAGCCAGGAAGAGAAACACCCAGCAGACUACAGAGGUGCUGCAAGCAGACAGCGUAAUCCCUGGCAUGCAGAAGAUCUGGAUGAGGACAUGGGGCUGCUCUCACAACAACUCAGACGGGGAAUACAUGGCUGGACAGCUGGCAGCGAGCGGAUACAGGAUGACAGAGGACCCAGCAGAGGCUGAUCUGUGGCUACUCAACAGCUGCACUGUGAAAAACCCGGCCGAAGAUCACUUCAGAAACUCUAUCAAGAAGGCCCAGGAGCAGGAUAAGAAGGUGGUGGUAGCUGGAUGUGUUCCCCAGGCCCAGCCCAGGAUGGACUACCUUAAAGGACUCAGCAUCAUUGGGGUUCAGCAGAUUGACCGUGUGGUGGAGGUGGUGGACGAGGCUGUUAAAGGUCACUCGGUGCGUCUGCUGGGUCAGAAGAAGAACAACGGGAAACGUCUCGGCGGCGCCAGACUGGAUCUGCCCAAGAUUAGAAAGAAUCCUCUGAUCGAGAUCAUAUCGAUCAAUACAGGUUGUCUGAAUGCCUGUACGUACUGUAAAACCAAGCAUGCCAGAGGAGACCUGGCCAGCUACCCUGUAGAGGAACUAGUGGAGAGAGCCAGACAGUCCUUCCAAGAGGGUGUGUGUGAGAUCUGGCUGACCAGUGAGGACACCGGGGCUUAUGGGAAGGACAUCGGGACAGACCUGCCCACUCUGCUAUGGAGACUAGUGGAAGAGAUUCCUGAAGGAGCCAUGCUGAGACUGGGCAUGACCAACCCUCCGUACAUCCUGGAGCAUCUGGAGGAAAUGUCUAAGAUCCUGAACCAUCCUCGUGUGUAUGCCUUCCUCCAUGUCCCGGUGCAGUCUGCCUCCGACAGUGUCCUGAUGGAUAUGAAGAGGGAAUACUGCGCUGACGACUUCAGACGCGUCGCUGACUUCCUCAAAGACAAGGUUCCUGGUAUCACCAUCGCCACGGACAUCAUCUGUGGUUUCCCAGGGGAGACGGAUGCUGACUUCCAGGAGACAUGUGACCUAGUGAAGGAGUAUCGCUUCCCCAGCCUCUUCAUCAACCAGUUCUACCCCCGGCCUGGCACCCCCGCCGCCAAGAUGGACCAGGUCCCCGCCCAAGUGAAGAAACAACGAACCAAAGAGCUGUCGGCCCUGUUCCACUCCUAUAACCCCUACGACCACAAGAUUGGGGAGACCCAGCAGGUGCUUGUGACUGAGGAGUCCUUUGACGCCCAGUACUACGUGGCUCACAACAAAUACUAUGAGCAGGUGCUGGUGCCCAAGAGGUCAGAGUUCAAGGGGAAGAUGUUUGAGGUGGAGAUCUUCGAGGCAGGCAAACACUUCCUGAAGGGAAGACCGCUGGACGGCCACGAAGUGUUCACUCCCUCCAUCGCCGAGCCGCUGCAGAAGGGAGAGGUGUCUGGGCUAACUCAGGAGCAGCUGUCCCUCCAGCAGAAUGGAUCCGUCCCCUCCUCGGGCGUGCUGACUGCCUCCUGGAGCCCCUGGAGCCUGGACAGAGAGGGGCUGAAGCUGCUGUCCAUCAGCCUGGCUGUGGUGGCUAUUCUAGUGGUCUUCAUGUGGGAGAAACUCCACUGAGACCGAGGGGCUGGAAGACUUGGACCUGGGCCUGUAUUCAUAAAGCGUCUCGGAGGAGGAGUGCUGAUCCUAGAUCAGGUCCCCCCUUUCAAAUCAUCCUUAUAUUCUACUAGGCAAUACUGAUCCUAGAUCAGGUCCCCCCUGUCCAAUCAUCCUUAUAUUCUACUAGGCAAAACUGAUCCUAGAUCAGGUCCCCCCUGUCCAAUCAUCCUUAUAUUCUACUAGGCAAUACUGAUCUUAGAUCAGGUCCCCCCCUUUACAAUCAUCCUUAAAUUCUACAAGGCAAAACUGAUCCUAUGUCAGCAUUCCUACACUGUGACGCUUUAUGAAUAAGGGACCUGGGUCAAAUACAUAUGUCAAUUAUUUCCAAGUACUUUGUACUGGGCAAACGAAAUCAAGCAUAGCUCGAGUAUUUGAAAGAAUUUGACCUAUUUAUUUGGCCUGUAGGUUUGGUUGAAAUGGUUUUGGAUGGGUCCUAGUUUAGCUUUACAUGAGAAGGACUUCUCAGUCUCAGACAAAGACUGAUGGAAUCUGUAGCUGCAUGAGAGAGUUAGGAAGAGGAGACUAGGAGAGGAAACAAGGACAGGAGACAAGGAGAGGACAGGUUAAAGACAUGUUGUGUAACACUCUGAUUUAAGAUGGUGGAUAGUAGUACCUUCAAUUAAAAGUAUUUAUUUUAUACCACAAUGAAACAGACGCAGGUGAACGGUAUAUUUUUGGUAAUGAAUUUAACAUCACAGUAAAAUCCCUCUCUGUGUCUGUCGUGCUGUAGGAGCACAUUGGGAUUGUUUAUCAAUUUGUUUUUGCUCGUGUUUCUCUAUUUGUAUUUCUGCUUUUAUGUUUUCCAUUUUAAUGUCAGUCUACUACUGAGUAGAUGGAGACCUCUAUGGGCCCUGGUCUAAAGUAGUGCACUACCCCUAUGGGCCCUGGUCUGAAGUAGUGCACUACCCCUAUGGGCCCUGGUCUAAAGUAGUGCACUACCCCUAUGGGCCCUGGUCUGAAGUAGUGCACUACCCCUAUGGGCCCUGGUCUGAAGUAGUGCACUACCCCUAUGGGCCCUGGUCUAAAGUAGUGCACUACCCCUAUAGGCCCUGGUCUAAAGUAGUGCACUACCCCUAUGGGCCCUGGUCUGAAGUAGUGCACUACCCCUAUGUGCCCUGGUCUGAAGUAGUUAGGGAACAGGCUGCCAUUUGGGAUGUGGUGAUGUACAGCGUUCAACCUGCAUGGUGCUGGAUUCUAUUAAUCUACAUCCCAGCAGUGGAUCGUUCUCCUGUCCAGGGGACUUAUUGUCUGGCCUAGGUCCCUGUCCGCCUCUCAAAUGGCACCCUAUUCCCUUUAUAGUGCACUACUUUUCACCAGGACCUAUGGGGGUCUGGCCGAAGAUAGUGCACUACUUUUCACCAGGACCUAUGGGGGUCUGGCCGAAGAUAGUGUACUACUUUUCACCAGGACCUAUGGGGGGGUCUGGCCGAAGGUAGUGCACUACUUUCCACCAGGACCUAUGGGGGGGUCUGGCCGAAGAUAGUGUACUACUUUUCACCAGGACCUAUGGGGGUCUGGCCAAAGGUAGUGCACUACUUUUUACCAGGACCUAUGGGGGGGUCUGGCCAAAGGUAGUGUACUACUUUUUACCAGGACCUAUGGGGGUCUGGCCGAAGAUAGUGUACUACUUUUCACCAGGACCUAUGGGGGUCUGGCCAAAGGUAGUGCACUACUUUUUACCAGGACCUAUGGGGGGGUCUGGCCAAAGAUAGUGUACUACUUUUUACCAGGACCUAUGGGGGGGUCUGGCCAAAGGUAGUGCACUACUUUUUACCAGGACCUAUGGGGGGGUCUGGCCAAAGGUAGUGCACUACUUUUCACCAGGACCUAUGGGGGUCUGGCCAAAGGUAGUGCACUACUUUUUACCAGGACCUAUGGGGGGGUCUGGCCGAAGAUAGUGUACUACUUUUUACCAGGACCUAUGGGGGGGUCUGGCCGAAGAUAGUGCACUACUUUUCACCAGGACCUAUGGGGGUCUGGCCAAAGGUAGUGCACUACUUUUCACCAGGACCUAUGGGGGUCUGGCCAAAGGUAGUGCACUACUUUUCACCAGGACCUAUGGGGGGGUCUGGCCAAAGGUAGUGCACUACUUUUCACCAGGACCUAUGGGGGUCUGGCCAAAGGUAGUGCACUACUUUUCACCAGGACCUAUGGGGGUCUGGCCAAAGGUAGUGCACUACUUUUCACCAGGACCUAUGGGGGUCUGGCCAAAGGUAGUGCACUACUUUUCACCAGGACCUAUGGGGGGGUCUGGCCGAAGAUAGUGUACUACUUUUUACCAGGACCUAUGGGGGGGUCUGGCCGAAGAUAGUGUACUACUUUUCACCAGGACCUAUGGGGGUCUGGCCAAAGGUAGUGCACUACUUUUCACCAGGACCUAUGGGGGUCUGGCCAAAGGUAGUGCACUACUUUUCACCAGGACCUAUGGGGGUCUGGCCAAAGGUAGUGCACUACUUUUCACCAGGACCUAUGGGGGUCUGGCCAAAGGUAGUGCACUACUUUUCACCAGGACCUAUGGGGGUCUGGCCAAAGGUAGUGCACUACUUUUCACCAGGACCUAUGGGGGUCUGGCCAAAGGUAGUGCACUACUUUUCACCAGGACCUAUGGGGGGGUCUGGCCGAAGAUAGUGUACUACUUUUUACCAGGACCUAUGGGGGGGUCUGGCCGAAGAUAGUGUACUACUUUUUACCAGGACCUAUGGGGGGGUCUGGCCGAAGAUAGUGCACUACUUUUCACCAGGACCUAUGGGGGUCUGGCCAAAGGUAGUGCACUACUUUUCACCAGGACCUAUGGGGGUCUGGCCAAAGGUAGUGCACUGAAUAGAGAAUAGAGUGUCGUUUGGGACACAGACUGACAGUGUUUUCUCAUCUUUGUUUGCAGCGUAAAGCUAACCUUAAUAAACCCUAAUAAACCACAA